UCCGCGGAAGUAGCGCGAUGGGGCCGUGCUAGCGAGGACUUAGAGGAGUGCUGGUUUGGGUCGUUGGCUGUUGCGUUCACACUAGAUGAAUAUGAGCCAGACAAUCCGAUUUGAAAUUCUCCCUUCCUGUAGACAAGCAAUGUAUCUCUUCUUGAACUUGUCACUUGAACUUUUCUUGAAGGGAGAAAAACUGUGAUUAAAAAUGCAACAGAAUUACCUGCAGAGAAAGUGGAUGUUUUACCUUCAAAGCAGAGGUUCUCUUUGUAAUGACUAAUGUAAAAAUGUUUGCAGAGAACUUUUAACUGCAGCAGAGCAUCCUGACAGCCAGGGAGGAAGUUUUUAUCUGCACAAGCCAUAGAAGAAAAAUCAUAUUUAUAUUAGCAGUUUCACUGGAUGAGUGUCUGCGUAGUUGUAACUUUGGAUCUAGGCUGUGAUUUAUUUUGUUCAUACUUUUGUGAAAGAUGGCAUUUCAAUUUAACUUCUCUAUUGAAGAGAAUGAAGAAAAUGAACUAGAGACUCUUGGUGUUUCACCCUUACUACUGGGCUCUGCACGGGGGUCUUUGAACUCAGACAGAUCUACAGAAAAGAGCGAGGAAGUUUUAUCAGAAGAAAAGGUUGUGUCCAAGGAGUCUCUGAGUACACAUGAGGCAACACCCAAGACUGCUGAUCCAGUAGCAAACUGUAGCUCAGACAAAAGCCAAGUCCGGGUGCUGCCAAAGAAACAAACUUGCUUUAAAGUUGCCAAAGAGCAUAAAAUUCCUGAAGAUUUCAGCAGAGUAUUAGAAAAUAAAGUUCUGGAAGCUGUACAGGGCUUAUACCAUGUAAAUAUUUCUGUGGUGGAAAUGACCCUUUCAGAUGACUUCCAUGAAGAAGACAUCGUAUCUAAAAGUAUUUCCUCUCACUCUGAUCUUAUCACAGGCGUCUAUGAAGGGGGACUUAAAAUCUGGGAAUGCACUUUUGAUCUCCUGGAUUAUUUGUCAGAAGCUGAAAUGCAGUUUCUCAACAAGACAGUCUUGGAUCUUGGUUGUGGGGCAGGGCUGCUGGGAAUAUUUGCAUUAAAGGGAAAAGCUGAAAAAGUCCAUUUUCAGGAUUAUAACAGUACUGUGAUUGAUGAAAUAACCUUGCCUAACGUAGUGGCUAAUUGUACUGGUGGUGACGAUGAUGAUGACAGAAUUAGUGAACCUUCUUCAAAAAGACAGAAGAAAGCAGACUUCAUACCAGCUUUAAUGUCCAAGUGCAGAUUCUUUUCUGGAGAAUGGACUGAGUUUAGCCAACUCAUGUUAAGUGACAGCAACUCCCUUUCAAAGUACGACCUUAUUCUCACAUCAGAGACCAUCUACAAUCCUGAAUACUACAGUGCUUUGCAUGAUACACUUUCUAAACUAUUGCAUAAAAAUGGCUGUGUGUAUUUGGCUAGCAAAGCACAUUAUUUUGGGGUGGGAGGUGGUGUGCAUCUCUUUGAGAAAUUCAUUGAAGAGAGGAAUGUAUUCAAGACUAGAACUGUCAAAGUUAUUGAUGAAGGACUGAGGCGGUACAUUAUUGAAAUGGCCUUUAAGAGUGCCAGUUAAUCCACUCAUUCCCUAUUGUGCCUGAUAAAUAAUAAAGACAUGAUGUA